GAUGUGUAUUUACUCUAAAGCAGCCUCUGUUGUUCCAGCUGAACGCAGGUCGGCUUUGUUAGGCACCGGUGCUGAGCGACUUGAGGAGACUGCAUCCUGUUUUUUUUAUUCGCUCGCCACGGGACUGGAGCAGCUUGCGGUGGCGCGCAGAGAGGAUGUCUCUGUCUCCUCAGCUCGCACCUGGAACGAGGAAACACUGAGGGCUGUUUGAAACUCUUUGUUUUUGUUGUUCACUUCGGAGGCAAAGCGCAGGACUGAGCUCUUCCCUUUGCGUCAGUUUUGAAGCAGGGACAACUGGAAUAUGCGCGUUUGGCUCCACGACAGGACUUGACGCGCGUGUGUAGACCGUGACCUGUAGCACCACCUGUGACACCGGGCACCAGAUACGAGCUGUUUCUUCAGCUGUGACCUUGAAGACGCAAGUCCGGCUCCGUGAGAACAGGAUACUCCACAUAAAACCUCCACGGGCACAGGUUGCUGACAGGUUGCAUCACCCGCACGUUUAGCGGUGGACGCGGCUUUUACGCACGGAGGAGACACUCGAGCGCACGGGGUGGGGGGGCGCGGCGUCAGGUGCCGUGAGGUGUAAGAAGAAGACUUUAAAACAUCGCCUCAAAGCGGUUUGACCAUCACAGCCACUACAAUGACGGACGGCCCCAGACAACGCAGUAGCACGGCGGGCUCCGCCAAGGAUGCUGCCGGAGACACCUCGUCCGAAGGAGGCGUCGCGCUCAAGAAGGAAAUCGGGCUUGUGAGCGCCUGUGGCAUCAUUGUUGGUAACAUUAUCGGCUCGGGUAUCUUCGUCAGUCCGAAGGGCGUGCUGGAGAACGCCAGCUCCGUGGGCGUGGCCCUGAUCGUCUGGAUCAUCACCGGAGUCAUCACCGCCAUCGGGGCGCUGUGCUACGCCGAGCUGGGCGUCACCAUCCCCAAGUCGGGAGGAGACUACUCCUACGUGAAGGACAUCUUCGGAGGCCUGGCUGGGUUCUUGCGUCUGUGGAUCGCCGUGCUGGUCAUCUACCCGACCAACCAGGCUGUGAUCGCACUGACCUUCUCCAACUACGUCCUGCAGCCGCUGUUCCCCACCUGCUUCCCCCCGGAGAGUGGCCUGCGUCUGCUGGCUGCCGUCUGCCUCCUGUUGCUGACGUGGGUGAACUGCUCCAGUGUGAGAUGGGCGACCAGGGUGCAGGACAUGUUCACCGCCGGCAAGCUGCUGGCCCUCGCCCUCAUCAUCAUCAUGGGCAUCGUGCAGAUAUGCAAGGGAGAUUACUACUGGUUGGAGCCAGCCAACGCCUUCGAGCCCUUCCAGGAGUACGACGUGGGUUUGAUAGCCUUAGCCUUUCUACAAGGCUCCUUCGCCUACGGGGGCUGGAACUUCCUCAACUACGUCACGGAGGAGCUGGUGGACCCCUACGUGAACCUGCCCCGCGCCAUCUUCAUCUCCAUCCCCCUCGUGACCUUCGUUUACGUCUUUGCCAACAUCGCCUAUGUCACGGCCAUGAGUCCUCAGGAGCUGCUCGCCUCAAACGCCGUUGCCGUGACGUUUGGUGAGAAGCUGCUGGGAGUCAUGUCGUGGAUCAUGCCCAUUUCUGUGGCUCUCUCCACCUUCGGGGGAGUCAACGGUUCCCUCUUUACAUCUUCAAGGUUGUUCUUUGCCGGAGCCAGAGAGGGCCACCUCCCCAGUCUGCUGGCCAUGAUUCACGUGAAACGCUGCACUCCCAUCCCUGCUCUGCUCUUCACCUGCCUGUCCACUCUACUUAUGCUGUGCACCAGUGACAUGUACACCCUCAUCAACUACGUGGGCUUCAUCAACUACCUCUUCUAUGGAGUCACAGUUGCCGGGCAGAUUGUCCUGCGCUUCACACAGCCCGACAUGCACCGGCCAAUCAAGAUCAGCCUGAUAUGGCCGGUCAUUUACCUCAUCUUCUGGGCCUUCCUGCUCAUCUUCUCCCUCUACUCCGAGCCCUUGGUGUGCGGCAUCGGCCUCGCCAUCAUGCUGACCGGCGUGCCCGUCUAUUUCCUGGGAGUCUACUGGGACAAAAAGCCACAGUGCUUUAAUCGCUUCGUUGACAAGAUGACAUACCUGGGCCAGAAGUUUUGUGUGGUCGUGUAUCCGGCCGUCACCAGCAGCAGCAGCAGCAGCGGAGAGGACGGAGAGGAAAUGAAGGAAGCCAUGUCUCCUCUGUCCAAGGACGACGGCGACAACCACAAGUCAGCGGACUGCUAGAAUCCCCCCCGCCUCCCCCUGCAAGCAAACAAGUGAAAAACAGACGCACAUGUGGGAGCACACUCACACAGAGACACAUGCAAACAUGCAGUACAUCCCAGUUUGUAGUGGAUUUACUGAUCGACACCUGUGCCCCCCCCCACACACACACACACACACAUUGCCUUUAAGAUUUCCUAUUUGGUUUUCAGAAGCGUAUUGAUCGAUCAUUUCUUUUGCCAAAUAUUGUGUGAGAUGUUUUAGAAUCACCUCAAACUUUUCUAUCUUGGGUCUUUUUAAAGUGCAAUAAAGAAAGGUUAGCACCUUCCAACUUCUCAGUACACGCUGAGACAAUUUACUCUUAAUCAUCAUCAUCAUCAUCAUCAUCAUCAUCAUCAUCAUCCCCCCCUCUUCCCCGCCACACACUCUGCACACUCCUACUGUAAGAGCAACAUUUUUUAUUUAUUUUGUUUUUUACUAUCAAAAAGACUGUGACGCCUGUGCAAACACCUUUAUUUCUCUUUUUGUUUUUUUGUUGCCACAUUGUAAAGUUUGCUUCGUCGUCCGCUCAACACACCAAAGCUGCAUUCUGGUCGUCGAGGCAGAAAAUAAGAUCCAGAUCAAAUCAUUUCAAUGUCGGCGCGAGUGCUGUUGUGUUUGUUUUUUAACGUGACUGUGAUUCCAAAAUGUCUCUUCUUUUCUUUCUUUUUUUUUGUAAUUGUGACAAUUGUCGAUAUCAUUUGCCUCUGAUGUUAUUUUAGUUUUAAUAUGGUAAUUUUAGUUUUGUUGAUAUUUCUCUCUAUUUUUUUUGUUUAAUUCAGCAUCAUAUUCAAAUGGGCCUAUUUUUUACUCUUGAACCUGCAAAGCUUUGUACACCAGAAGGCUGAUGUGGGAUCUGUGUUUUGCGUGGGUAAGUGUGCAGGUUAACGAUGCACAAUUCUUGUUAAUUGCCUUAAUUAGGAUGUAUUCUGUACUUGGGUGCCAUUGUAGCAGUUUUGACUGUAGAGAGGUGGUUAAUCCUCACGCUUAGCAACAGAAAAGGAGUUUCGAGGUCUCGCAUGGACACUACGCAGAGAAUUAACCCAUUAACACUUUAGGACGUAGGCGACUAGGAUACUCACAUUACCUUUCACCACCAUUUGCAUUGUUUAUGUGCAAUUCCCUACACCGACACAUGUGAAUGCCCGUGUGAAAACUGUUUUUUUUUUUUUUUUUUAAAGGCAUUGAUUGUCUUUCAAGUAUUUCUGUAGUUCAACACGUAGAUGUGUUUAGAUAUUAUUUUGUGCUUUAUUUAGGGUGUAGAUAAGGAAAAAAAAAGAGCUUUACAUAAAAAGAAAAUAUUUUUUUGAUUGGUGCAGUUCACUAGAAAUGAUCAUGUCCCGCCAUGUGAGCACAGGCACCAGUAAGAACUGAACAUGCCACCCCGGACUGACCCCAGUCUGUCGUCUGGUUAGAGUAUCCAUACUUACGCUGCAUAUUAUUGUAACAACACUCUUUCACACAUUAUAUAACUUAACGUCUGCAGUCUUUCUAUAAACUGUUAGUGUCUCAGGGCAUCGCCACUGCCAAAUCUCCACAGAGCCGACUCGUCGCUUCUUGUACUCCAGUCUGUUCAUGCUAAAUGUUUGUACUGGUGCUCCUAAUCCACUCAGAAGAACAGACGAACACACUCAGACGUUCACUAACUACAACAAGUAUCAUUAAAGUUUGGCCAGUACUGUAAAGGUUGCUCUUAUUAAACUAUUGAGGGGAACAGGGUGUCUCGGAUGUCUCUACAACUACAAUGAUUGUGUUCUGUGCCUGUACGGUUAUUGUGUAAUUACAGUAUGCACAGAUUUCAUGACAGUCUGUAUUUUUGUCUAAGUAAAUAAAAACCACUGACUAAUGUUUGAA